UGUUUUCUAUAUUUCUAAGAAAUUAUUGAGCGUUGGAAUACUAUUUUCUUAUUUUUGCAUUUGCAUUUAGAUAGUAUGUCCACAAAUUAUUUAUUGAAAUGAUCAAAGUGGUGAAGAAAUAACAUAGGCAACAUUGUUUUUGUUUUUAGUAUCCAAAGACGAUAACUUUAGAGGCAUUCUCAGUUGUUAUGGCACAGUUGCUUGGAAUUAAUCUGGGAUUAACCUAUGGUGACAUCUAUAAUUGUUACUGUCCAGAAACUACAUGCAUUAUGAAUCCUCAAGCAAUACGUUCCCGAGGUGUAAAGGUUUUUAGCAGUUGCAGCGUGAAUGAGUUUAAACGUGCAGUUUCACAGCCUGAAUUUGAAUGUCUUCAGAAUCAAAACAUUUCAAAAGUGGUUGUCCAAGGAAGAGAAUCAUCUUGUGGCGAUGGAAUUGUGGAAGGAGGAGAACAAUGUGAUUGUGGAAGUGCAGAGGAGUGUCGUUUCAAAAAAUGCUGUAACGUGGCAACUUGUGAACUGCGUCACUCUGCAGAAUGUGGCAGUGGACCAUGCUGUAAUAGUAAAAAUUGUCGGUUAUUCCCAAGAGGACAUAUAUGUCGGAUAAGCCAAGAUCCAUGUGAUUUUACAGAAUAUUGCACUGGAACAUCUGAGUUUUGUGUAGAUGAUAUGAAAUCUCUUGAUUAUGAACUAUGUAGUAAUAAAACCGCCUUUUGCUAUAAGGGAAUAUGCCGAGAUCCGAGUAGACAGUGUAUGGAGUUAUUUGGAAAAUUUUCUAAAGGUUCUAGUUAUUUAUGUGCAGAAGAAAUCAAUUAUCUCGGAGAUGACUUUGGAAACUGUUUUCCCAACCGCUGUGUUAUAACAGAUACCCUUUGUGCAAAGAUAGUUUGUCACUGGACACAUACAGAGAUAGCAUCAACCACAAGUUAUGAUAUUCAGUACACUUACCUUGGCGGCCAAAUAUGUAUGUCAGCAUCUAAAAGAAGCAAUACUCCAGGUCCAGAUCAAAGCUUUGUAGAGGAUGGUACUAUAUGUGAUCAAAAUAAG